UCAAACCGACUGGACAUGUUUCAAUAUUCAAAGCCAUAAUUUUUUCCAGUAAUAACUUAGAGAAUUUUGAUUGAACACAGUACUGUGUGAACUUCUCAAUUAGGCAUUUUUGGUUGAAAUAUCGGAAACAAAAUCAUGUAUUCAAAAAUGAGUUGCAUUUGGUUUUUGUAUUUGAGUUUUCAAUCAAUAGUAAUAUGCUUGAAUACCAUUACUUUUGCGAGUACAGUACCUCAGCGGGCUUCCAAUUUGCCUGAAAUCAAAAAUUUUACCGAAUUUCUUGAGAAUUCUUUACAUCGAAAAGUGUUAAAUUAUGAAAUCAGUCCGUUGUCGACAUCUAACUAUCACACUGGUGCUUCGAUACAUAAAGUUGACGUGCAUUUAGCCGCAAAUAGUGAAUCGCUUAAGGGUGAUGUUUUCAACUUUGUAAUCAAAACAUGGGCAACGGAUCCGUUUUUAAUCGAAUUAGGCAACUUAUCGCAUGCAUUUUUAGCCGAAGAACGCUUUUAUUCGUCAAUAAUACCGGCAAUAGAAAGUUUCGAGCAAAUGUCCAAUGUUCCAAAAACUAAGCGGAUCGAUGCUUUUAUCAAGAGUUUCGGCUGGCGAAUGUCAUUGAAACCGAAUGCAACACAAUCAGACGCAGAUGCACUUAUUCUAUUGGAAAAUAUUGUUCAUGAAAAUUUCGUCCACAUAGACGAGCGCAUCGGAUUUGAUCGCGAAGAAUCUUUGGCGGUCAUCAAAUCUGUUGCCAAAUUCAAUGCUCUCUGCAUUGCGAUGAAACGCUUACAACCAACGUUAUUCAAUACGCAAAUAAAGCCGUACAUAGAAGGAGGGACCCAUAAACAAAAUACCAGUGCAAAUAUUGUUGGCAUUGGCGAUGGACUGAGCCUCAUUAAAAAUCUCAACGCAGAAUUGCGAAUGAAAGUUGAAAAUCAAUUUAGAAUGAUUGAUACACAAAAACAAAUUGCAGAUUUAACCGACACACCAUACAAAGCGAUUCAUCUGCAGGAUUUAAAGAAAUUCAACAUUAUGAUUAGGAAACGUAUGCCAUUUUUUUAGAGAGACUCAAUCAAUUUAAUUUCAUUUAUAGCAGUGUUCGUACUUCCGACCGACACCCGACUGACAAUUUUUCGUUGUUGGUCGGAGUCAGGUAGACUAUGGACUAUGGUACGUCUCUCUUGGAGUCAAUACCAAUAAAAAGUACCCCGAUAAGAACACAUUAGUAAAUAGUACGGCUAUAGGUAGCUCUUUGAUAGCCGAAUAUUGCCAGAAUUUUUUGGGUAUAUAACGUACGCUGUGUUUUGUAAAUGAAUC